GCCAUCUUCGCGCAUUACUGGCAGCACUGUGUCUGUACUCGUACAUGCAAAGAACUCGCCCGCAGCUGAGAGGCAGCAAUAAUCAAUAAUCCACCAGCCCACGCACAUCGCCUGGCAAAUCUGUACUCUUCUGCACCUCCAAGAGGAGUCGCUUUUGCCGUAUCUCCAAAGUCGCAAGCAGACGCCGCCGAAACGAGCCGGUAAAGAUGGCGGAAGCUCCCAAACCCAGCAGCAGCGUCAAGCUGGUGCUCCUCGGUGAAGCCGCAGUCGGAAAGUCGUCCCUCGUCUUGCGAUUCGUCAACAACGACUUCCAAGAGAACAAGGAGCCGACUAUUGGUGCGGCGUUCCUGACGCAAAAAUGCAACCUGCCCACCCGAACCAUCAAGUUUGAGAUCUGGGAUACCGCUGGUCAAGAGCGAUUUGCCUCUCUGGCGCCCAUGUACUACAGAAACGCCCAGGCCGCCCUUGUCGUCUACGACAUCACCAAGCCCACAUCCCUCGUCAAGGCCAGACACUGGGUCGCCGAGCUCCAACGACAAGCCUCGCCCGGCAUCGUCAUCGCCUUGGUAGGAAACAAGCUAGAUUUGGCUGGCGAAUCAAAUGGUGCAAGCGAGGAAGCCGAGGGCGGGGAAGACGGCGAUGCCCGCAAAGUGUCAACAGAGGAAGCCCAGUCGUAUGCUGAAGAGGAGAGCCUGUUGUUUUUCGAGACGAGUGCAAAGACGGGCCACAAUGUUACCGAAGUCUUCACAGCUAUUGCAAAUGCGAUCCCCGAGACGUCUCUCAAGAGUGCUAGGGGAGCCGGCGCAGCGGGCACGGCUAACAGGGCUGGAGACGAGCAGAGGGUAAACCUAUCAGGACCAAGGGAUGCCGGAGCAAAGGAUGGAUGUGCCUGUUAGAUGGGAGAUGUUUGAAUUGUUAUACAAGGUACAAGCACCAUGUUGUCGGUUGCUACCGCUGCUGCGCUACCCGUCAGAUGAGGUCGGAUUUGUUAUGGCAUGUCAUUCGGGAGUCAGAGUCUUGCGUUCCAGGAGUCAUUCGCGUGUUAUAGUUUUGUGCGCCAUAUCUUUUCCAUAUUAUUUAGACGUCCAGUUUCUGCUACAAUAGUACCUCGCCAACGUCUGACUUUUGGUGUGGCCAAGCUGGGAGCCAGUGUUUCUGUAGCAUUGCAUUAGGACCAGGAGCUGUAAGUGCUCUAUUAAAUUACUAGGCAGUCCCUCUGAGGUGUAAAUGUAUCCUCAUCUUUGGCCGAUGCUACCUUGUCGACCUCCAUAUCA